AUGAACACCACUUUGAAAACCGGACAUAUGUGGACGAAAUCUGCAGAAAAAGUUCAGAUAAUUUGGGCAUAAUCGGUGUGCGAACUACUAUUCUUUUCCACCAGCUGUUGCAGUGUGGCCAGGAGUGUAAAUAUUCGCAAAUUUGCAAAAUUGUGCUCAGCUCUGGUAUUCUGAAUUUAGCGAAGAAUGCAAAUUUCGAAUAUCUUAUUCAUCAUUUAGUUCGAGGUGCCUUUCUUAUAUCUAUGAAUAAGACCUGGAGUCCUGAGAGAUGUUAUUAAAUCUAGUUCUAAUUAUCCUCUCGGUAAUUAAUCCAAUAUCAAAUGAGACACUGAGGGACAACUCUCAAAAUCUUAGAAGUGAAUCUGAUACUGAACAUGCGCAGUUGUUCUUAAAUACCAAGUUCUUACUUGAAUCAAAAGAUGAAAGAUAUCUGAGAAAUAAAGAACUUAAUCCCAAUAGAAAUAUAGACCACAAUAUUGGAAAUAUAGACCAUCAUUUUGGUAAUAUAGACCAUCAUCUUGGAAAUACAGAACACAAUCUGUCAAAUAUAGACCAAUAUCUUGGAAAUACAGACCACCAUUUUGAAACUCAAACAUUAGAUAUUUCCUAUCUCGAAGAAUCAGACUAUACUUUAGUUGUUCCUACAUCAACUACAACGGUUAGAAAUAGACGAGCUGCUAAGGGAAAGAGAAAAAAGCAGAAUAAAUCAGAUCCUGGAGAAUAUUUUGCAUCCGCCUCUAGUUCUAAAUCUAAGAAUAAACUCAACUACGCCUUCCUUAAACCUCAAAUAGUUCCAGCUAAAGAAGAAUGUAAACCUAGCAGUUCUAUUAGUGCUUUUACAUUCCUGAACUUUGUACUUGCUGCUGGAAGUAUAGCCGCUAACAUUGCUUCUAACGUGAAUGAUAACAAUAAUAAUAACAACAACAACAACAAUGAUAAUAAUGAUAACACAAACAACAUCAGUGUGCAGAACAACAACAACAAUUCCAACAACAGCAACGCAAUUAUGGUUCCUGUGGGAAGAAAGAGAAGAAGUAGAAGAAGAAGAUUCGUAAAUAGAAUAAUAAAAUUAUUCGAGAACAAUCUAAAAUCUAAAAUUUAAAAUCUAAAAAUGAUCCUCCUUGCUCUGCUAUUUUUGAGUGAGGUGUACUGCAGCCAAAACCUGUUGUUUGUAAACAAAUACUCCGGAAUCAAGAUAUCUGAUAGAAAUGAAGUUUAUCGCCCAGUACUACCCUCUAUUGAGCAUCUAAAUGAUCUUGAAACAGUUCUGAUAAAAGAAUAUCAUAGAAGAGUGAAAAGAAACUCAGAGUUUCAAGGCAGACGAUAUGUUAUUUAUGAUCGGAAACCGGAGGAAAAAAAGAAAAAGAAAAAGGUUUAAAUUUUCUAUGAUUUGUAUUUAUUAACACUAUAUUUACCCCCUCCCCCACCACCCUCCCCUCCCCUUCUUCUGUAGACUUUAUUUUGAUUGACCCUCUAAUUUUUUCAAAUGUCAGAUUUUUAACAGUAUUCUUUAAAGCUCAAUCUUCGAGUAACAAUGAAUAUGAUGCUUUUCUAGUUUAAUUCAUGACAAUUUCCAUCAUGGUCUACUAUGUCUAAAUAAAAUUCAAAAUUGAAAAUAAUGUUUUUUUAGUUUAAAAACUGGGAUACAUUAUUAUCAAUGAUGAGACAAUAUUUAAAAGGGUACCGUUGUGAAAAGGCCUUGAAAUUGCUUAUGGAAGUCACAUAAUGGAGGUUGCACUUGAAAUUUCUUUUUCAGACCCAUAGAAAAAAAAUUGUAUAAUAAAAUACGACUAUGUUCUUACGUUCUUUUUAAGUGAAGUAAAAGCAUCUAUAAAUUGUGAUUCCAGACAUAUUUUUGAUUCGGUUGGUAUACAGUACAGUUGGCUGUCUAUAGUCUGUUGUCUGUAUGCUGUGCAACUUUCCUAAAACUCGGCCUUGCUUUAAAUAAACCAGAGUUUCAUUAUAUAUAAAUGAAAAAAAUCUACUGCAGAACUUAUUAUU